AUGGACAAAAGCAUUGAACUGCUUUGGGCAAAAUUAGAGGAUAAAUUAAACCAACAAACUUCAGCAAUAACAACAGUAGUAACUACAAAUGUUAUGGAAGCAAUAAACGAUAAGAUGGAGUCUAUCAUGCAAGAAAACAAAAACUUAAAAACUCAAAUAACAAAACUUGAACAAAAAUUAGAUCAAAUGGAAAUAGAUAAAAGAAAAAAGAAUUUAGUAUUUUUUGGCGUCGAAGAAAAGGGAAAAAAGGAAUCUGAGUUAGUGGACUAUAUAAAAGAAAUUAUAGUAGAUGCAGGAUUACAUUUAGAUAGCCAGGAAAUAUGUAAUGUUUACAGAAUCGGAGCAAAAACAAACAAGAAUCGACCAGUUGUUGUUACCUUGACGACAAUUUGGAAAAAACAUUUGAUACUUAAAAACAAAUCCAACCUUCCACCUAGAAUUUAUAUAAAAGAAGAUUAUCUGAAACACAUAUUAGAAAUCCGAAAGCAACUGCAACCAAAAGUUGAAGAAGAAAGAAAAAAGGGAAACUUUGCAUUCAUAAAAUACGGCAAGCUAAUCGUUAAGAAAUCGAAUGACGUAAAUCGUGAAAAAAGGAAACGAAAGCAGACUGGCUCGCCAAACUCACCACCAAAAAGAUCAAAUCCAAACAUCGCAAAGACAUCAACUGCAAUUAAUGCAAAGGAUAUAAUAAAACCUAAUAUAUUAAAUUAUGUAGUAAGAGGAAGAUCUAGUUCACUGUCAGAGAUAUCAAAAAUCAAU